CAUCACAAGGUUGCGGAGGACAGCACACACAACAAUUUACCAAACUUCGAUUCAAAGAGAAAGAAGUAUAUUCAAACUGGUGAACGGUCUACAUAUCAAUAUCCCAGUGGAGAAGAGGGGGAAACUGCAAUGAAGAACCACGGCCGCUAUGACCACCGUAACACCCCCCUCAAAAGCGGACCGAGGCAAUAUUCAUUUGCGGGCGCCUUUACUCUAAUCGGUCUUGGUAUGGUCAUGGGCACGAUUUUUAAUUUUCUGCAUACGUCGCGGCUCAUUCUGGACAGUUCUAUCCGUAGGAUUCAAUACGAGAUGACCCAGCCGACCACGGUUCGAUCUCACAUGCAAGACUCGUACAAGCACAAGGUGAAAGCAAUCACCGACGACGAAGUUUCACGUCUUCGCGGGCCCGAUGGACCGAAAUACACCGUAUUGGUUACCGGCGCCGCGGGCUUCAUAGGAAUGCACACGGCGAUCGAAUUAAAACAGAUGGGGAUGACACCGAUUGGAUACGACAACGUAAAUACCUACUACUCUACCGACCUAAAGGAAUCGAGAAUAAAGGAAUUGAAAAAGAAUGGUAUUCUCUUUGAAAGGGGAGAUGUUUGCGAUGCCGACAAGCUUAAACAGGUGAUUAAAGGCAACAAAAUCACGAGAGUUAUUCAUUUAGCAGCACAGGCCGGAGUACGGUACAGCUUGGACCAUCCUUUCGAAUAUAUCCACAACAAUAUCGACUGUACCGUGAAUAUAUUGGAGAUCAUGAAGGAACUUGACUUGAAAGAACACCCAUUGGUGUACGCUUCGUCUUCCAGCGUUUACGGCAACAAUGUCAAAGUCCCAUUUCUAGAGACAGACAUAGUGGAGGAUCCAGCUUCUCUCUAUGCAGCUACGAAACGAAGCGACGAACUUAUUGCUAGGACGUAUUACAAUCUCCACAACAUUUCGAGCAUCGGUCUACGAUUUUUUACUGUCUACGGUCCUUACGGACGACCCGAUAUGGCACCUUGGAUGUUCACAGAUAGAAUUUCCAACAACGAAACCAUUCAAGUUUUUAAUAACGGUUUGUCUCGCCGUGACUUUACCUAUAUCGACGAUAUUGUUCAGGGAGUUGUGAACUCUCUGUUGGUAGACAGGGCAAAAACAUCUCUGGAGGCCGAAAUUGUCAACCUUGGCAACGGUCAUCCUGUCUUGCUGGCGGAUUUCGUGCGGAUCGUGGAAGAACGUGUCGGUAAGCCCGCCCAAAUACAGCAUCUUGGAAUGCAAAAGGGGGACGUUCCGAAGACGUUUGCCGAUAUUUCAAAGGCACGGUAUUUGCUUGGAUACAAACCUACUACAACUAUCGAAGAUGGGAUUGAUAGAUUCGUGACAUGGUUCGAGCAACACAAUGCCUCUCGAUAUCGGAUGACGCAAACGCCACAAAGCAAUUCCCCAAAGGAAAACAACACUGAGGCUGUCGGCGACAGCAAGAUCGACGCAAAACCUAAGUAAAGGGAAGCUAGCUUAAAUGCUACGGCGUCACUUCCCUUCAUUGUAUAAUAGUAUCUUGUACGAAUAAUACAAAUAAAGACCA